AUGGUGAUUGAGACGUUAGGGCGAAUAUUGGCUGUGAUGGAAUAAUCACGUGCGUUUGUUUACAUUAUGCAGUUCGGGCUCGGUAGGCGCUGUAUUAGAAAUAAACAGUUACAAAAUAUUUUCAUUUUAAAUAGAAGUUGAAGGACAAAUCUGAAACUGAGCAAGUUUAAAUCCUGCAGUUUUCUUUUAAUUUACUUAUAGGCUCUUGAGUGUUAAUUUAGAAAUAUGUCCAAGAUUUGUCGUAAGCAAGGAACCACUAAUCAAGGAACCACUUUUGAAUUUAUUCGUCCACUGUUGUAUGGUGUAUUUAUCAACAUGCCUGCUAUUGAAGAAACUGUUUCAAGCUUUUCUGAUAGAACAGGAAAAGAUAAAACUGCACAGAUUGCUUCUCUUUUAAGAGCAGUUACUUGCAUUGACUUAACAACUCUUUCUAGUGAUGAUGCAGAAUGUAAUGUUUACCGGUUAUGUCAUAAGGCUGAAAAUCCUAUUGAUAAAAACUUACUUGACCAACUUGGAAUUACUUCUGAAGAAUUCCAUGUUGGUGCUGUUUGUGUAUAUCCUGCCCAAGUAAAAAAUGCUGUUAGGGCUUUAAAAGAUAUCAAGUCAAAUGUUCCAGUUGCUGCCGUAGCGGCUGGUUUUCCCAGUGCACAGUAUCAUUUGGAUACAAAAUUAGAAGAAAUCAAAUGCUGUAUCAAAGAUGGGGCCAAAGAAAUUGAUAUUGUUAUUAGCCGUCAGUUGGUGCUCAACGGCGAAUGGGAAGUUUUAUAUGAAGAAGUGAAGGCUAUGAGAAAGGCCUGUGGAGUUAAAAUACUGCUCAAGACUAUAAUUGCUGCUGGGGAACUUGGAUCACUUGAGAAUAUAUAUAAAGCAAGCAUUGUAUGUAUGGCAGCUGGUUCUGAUUUUAUAAAGACGUCUACUGGAAAAGAAUCGGUUAAUGCAACAUUGCCCAUUGGAAUGACCAUGGCUCGAGCAAUAAGAGCUUAUUAUGAUCUAACAGGAUAUGAGGUUGGAUUCAAGCCCGCUGGUGGCAUUCGUUCAACUAAAGAGGUUCUUCUGUGGCAAAAUUUAAUGAAAAAAGAACUAGGACCAAAAUGGUUACAUCCACAUUUAUUUCGUAUCGGUGCCAGUGGUCUCCUGAAUGAUAUUGAGAAAAGUAUUUUCUUAUGUGUUAAUGGUUGCAAUCCAUCUAAGCAUGUAUUUACUUAUCAGUAAUACUACUUAUGUGUGAAUUACUUGAUUAAGACAACAAAUUGAAUAUUGUUACAAAAAAAUCUAUAUGUGAUUUGUAUGUUUUGUAUUUAAAUAUUUUUGUCAAUAAAUUUUCAGUUGCGAUUU